GCCCCGGCGCGGCGCGGGCAGCACACGGGGCGGCUGCACGGUGAGCGUCCCGUACAGCCGCACGGAGCGUCCCCUACACCCGCACGCUUUCCCGGGGAGCUUCGUGUUUCUGUCAGCGACAAGAUGACAAUUCAUAUUUCUACCAAAUGAUCCAGUGACUCAUCCUAUUAACUCUGCUGGAAUACACACUUCCAGUUGUCCUGUCACGGUUCCCCAGAUGCUUUACUGCUCUUCCUUGUCUCAUCUGGGUUUAAAUUACAACUGGAAGUCCCUCCACCUUUGACAUUCCUGCCUUUGGAGCUUAUGCCAGCUGCAGUCCUGAACCAGCUGAUAUCACAAUGACUGAGGACUUGGACCACAGAUUCAGUUAUCUCACCUGGGAUCAGAUUAAAAUCCUGGAUCAGGUUUUAACUGAGGCUAUACCUAUUCAUGGGAGAGGAAAUUUUCCUACCCUGGAGGUAAAGCCGAAGGAUAUAAUCCAUAUGGUAAAGGAGCAGCUCAUUGAGAAGCAGAUCCAUGUCAGGGACAUCCGCCUGAACGGUUCCACUGCCAGUCACAUCCUGGUGAAGCAUAAUGGCACCAGUUACAAGGACCUGGACAUCAUUUUUGGAGUGGAACUUCCCAGUGAGCUCGAGUUCCAGGUCGUUAAGGAAGCAGUUCUCAAUUGCCUAUUGGACUUCUUGCCAAAAUGUGUUAACAAGCAAAAAAUCACGGCUCAGACCAUGAAAGAUGCGUACGUGCAGAAGAUGGUCAAGGUCUCCACCGACCAUGACCGCUGGAGCCUCAUCUCGCUGUCCAACAACAGCGGCAAGAACGUGGAGCUGAAGUUUGUCAGCUCGCUCCGGCGGCAGUUCGAGUUCAGCGUGGACUCCUUCCAGAUCAUCCUGGACUCCAUCCUGGCCGUCUACAGAGCCUCAGACCGGCCCCUGACGCAGGACUGCCACCCCCCCAUCAUCGCCGAGAGCAUGUACGGGGACUUCAACCAAGCCAUGGACCACCUGAAAUACAAACUGAUCUCCACCCGGAACCCGGAGGAGAUCAGGGGAGGCGGCCUCCUGAAGUACAGCAACCUCCUGGUCCGUGACUUUAAGCCGGCGGAUGAGGCUGAAAUUAAAUCUCUGGAACGCUACAUGUGCUCCAGGUUCUUCAUUGAUUUUCCCGACGUUGCCGAGCAGCAGAGGAAAAUCGAGUCCUACCUGCGCAACCACUUCAUCGGGGAGGAGAAGAGCAAGUACGACUACUUGAUGACCCUGCGUGGGGUGGUGAACAAGAGCACAGUCUGCCUCAUGGGGCACGAGCGAAGGCAAACCCUCAAUAUGAUCACAAUUCUGGCUUUAAAAGUGCUGGGAGAACAAAACAUCAUCCCCAACGCGGCCAAUGUCACCUGCUACUAUCAGCCUGCUCCCUAUAUCAGUGACAGAAACUUCAGCAACUACUACAUUGCUCAUGGACAACCCCCUGUGUUCUACCAGCCGUACCCUUUCCACAUACAGAUACAGAGCGGGAUGGUGUAGGAACACUCCGACCUCCAAGCACUCGCCACUCCUCUCUUUCCAGUUCUCUCCUUAAUAAAGGCCUCAUUAAAGCGAGUUUUAUCAGCACUUUUGAGUUAAGGACAUAUUUUUGUGCAAGUUGCCAAAGUUGUUUGGUUGAUCAAUGUCAAACUCACCAUUAAGCAGGUGAAAUAAGUGAAGCGUCUGUCAUUCGUGAAGUGUUUAUACCUUGACAUGUGUUUGGGCUGUGUUUUUUUUGCAAUGAAAAGAGAAGGAUAUAAAUUAUUCUAAUUUUAUAAAAAUGAAAUGCACUAAGUUCUGGGUUCUUAAAAAAAAAUACUUCUUAAGCAAAAUUUAAGUGGUGUCAAUGAAAACUGAAGCCAAUGAAAUACCUCUCUGUAGAAAUGCCUGAUGUUAGAAGGGACGGUGCUCUGGGUACAUCAAAGUCAAUCAUCCCUUGGUUUUAUCCAUGAAGUUCCAGCAACAUUUAUUUGCAGCACCUUUGAAAAUACACAUUGAUGGGUCAUCUCUUGGUGGUGUGAGCUCUGCUGAUUGUUCCUCAGAUCAGUCAGAGACUCAGAGUCAUUCCCCUCCCCAGAGUACUGGUUUGUACUGGUGAACGGGAAAUGCUCCUACCGAGAGCAGACUCGGCAUUUUGUGUAUCCAAAAUUUCCACUGAUCCCAGUGAAAGAUUUGGCUGCUCAAGUCAGGCAGCAUCAGAGCCCAGGAUCUGCCUUGCAGAUAACAAAAGCUGUAAGAGGUACAACUAUUCUGAUUAAAUUGGUCUUGAAAACCAAGGCAAGAGAAUGGGAAAGGAGGUGAAAAUUGAGCAGAACGGGCUCACUUUCUAUUGUUAAUUUGUUAUUGAUCAGAGCUGCUUUAAUGCACAACAAACAGAGUCAGGAAAAAAUUCCAAAAGCCCAGGACUGUGCUAUUUUUAGGUGAAUUAAAUCCUUGGCAGUGGCAUUUGAAUAACUAUUUUAUACUGGUAAAGUCCCGUCUGUAUUUAGACACCUGCACACAUCCACCAGUAGCAAAAGAGGAUUUACAAUCAGAAAGCAAAACAGGAAUUACACAUUUGUAUGUGUGUGUGUGAGUGUUUACCAAAGAUAAGUUUUAAACAUGUCACAUAAGUGCCUCCCUGUGCCAGUUGCUCCAUGAAAUGUUGGAAAUGGUGCUAGAGAGCUCCUGAAAUAUGGAAAGGGAAACAUGGAAAGGGAAACGCACCCUGGGGUUGCGGAGCGUUUGUAGCAGCGACGGGUGGAGGGUUUGCUCCAGGAUGAGUAGGUUUGGGAAAAGUGGAUCUAAGGUGGUGUCACCAAAACCAAACUUGGGAAAAGGAAUAUGGAACAAGAAGGACUAGUGGGAAAAGGUUUGGAAGGGGUGUGGGUAUAAAAUGGGAACAGCCAACUGGAAAUGCAAGCUGUAGAGUUUCUUACAUCGACUUUGUGUGUCAUUGUGUUGUCCCUGUCACUGUUCAUUCUCAUCUCCUCCUGCUCCAGAGCAGUGGCUCCAUUGCAUCCAUUUACAACAGGUGCAAGGCCUUGGGAAUUUCUUCUACUUGGGCACAAGAGUUUGAUUUAUUUUAUGGAGAAAUGUGGUCCAUAAAUGUGCUGUUUUAAAUCAAAUGUUUCUAAAUUUUCUAAGAUCUAUGAAGUCCAAUUGCCAGUGAAAUGUAGCUUCCCUUUUCCCCAUUAUAUUCCUGUACAUUUGAACAAAGAAUUACUCAAAGACCAUCAUCACUAAAAUAAUUUUUUUUCUGUAAAUUACAGUGCAAAAAAUUGGUAUUUCUCCAACGUGUUUGCUGAUGAAGCUGACUCAUUUUGUGAUGUCUUUCAUGAAUAGAGAACUGUUACUUUUGCUGAUUCUUCAGGUAUGCCCAAUUUGGUGUCUGAAAGCACACUUUAUUCCACUUCCACUAAGAUCAUUCCAUUGGUUAAACUAUAUUUAAUAAAACCAU